GUUGCUUGUAGCGAUCUUGGAUGUCAGCUAAUUAGGAGUGUUGCAAUUGACUGACAACUGACUAGAGGAUAGUUAUGCUACGGUAAACCAAGGUGCCUGAUCCCAAGGAAGAUUUCCACCAGACAGCUCUUCCCCUUUCACUGUGGAAAUGCCAGCUGUGAUCCGGGAUAAAGAGGAUUCAGAGUCUUCCUCGGAGGACGAGCAAGAAGACCAUCCUUGCAUUGCCUGGAGUGGCCUUAGCAGGAAGAUUCCCAUUUUGGUGUUCUGCCCUGAAGCAAUCAUUGCUAAAGAUGUGAAUACCGGCUCUGUUGGAGAGCGAUACAACAUGGCCUUCAAGAUUGUACGCACAGAGAGCCGCCUGGUACGAGGUUUACUAACCAGUCAUGGAUUCCAUGAGGUUCACCCAAACAGUGAUGACUUUAACCUUAUGUGGACGGGGUCUCACCUCAAGCCUUACCUCCUACGCAGCCUUCAAGACUUCCAGAAGGUCAACCACUUUCCCAGGUCAUAUGAAUUGACACGCAAAGACCGUCUGUAUAAAAACAUCCAGCGAAUGCAGCAGGCUCAUGGCUUCAAAAACUUCCACAUCAUCCCUCAGACGUUUGUGCUUCCCUCCGAGUACCAGGAAUUCUGCAGUUGUUUUGCCAGAGACAAGGGCCCUUGGAUUAUCAAACCAGUAGCAUCUUCAAGAGGACGAGGAAUCUACCUCGUUAGCAAUCCAAGCCAGAUUUCAAUGGAUGAAAACAUCUUGGUGUCACGCUACAUUAACAACCCAUUACUGAUAGAUGACUUCAAGUUUGAUGUGCGGCUGUACGUGCUGGUGACAUCAUACGAUCCCCUCCUUAUUUACGUGUAUGAGGAGGGCUUGGCUCGGUUUGCCACAGUCAAGUAUGACCGGGCUCCAAGGAACAUCAAGAACCAGUUUAUGCAUCUCACAAAUUACAGUGUGAACAAAAAGAGUAGCGACUAUGUGAGUUGUGAUGACCCUGAAGUUGAGGAUUAUGGGAACAAAUGGAGUAUGAGUGCGAUGUUGAGAUAUUUGAAGCAAGAAGGGAAAGACACCGCGUUACUCAUGAGCCAGGUAGAAGACCUCAUCAUCAAAGCUGUGCUGAGUGCUGAACUACAGAUAGCCACCGCCUGUAAGAUGUUUGCUCCCUACCGGACCAACUGCUUUGAGCUGUAUGGCUUUGACGUGCUCAUUGACUCCAACCUCAAGCCCUGGCUGCUGGAGGUGAACCUCUCUCCCUCCCUGGCCUGUGAUGCACCUCUGGAUCUGAAGAUAAAGGCCAGCAUGAUAUCGGACAUGUUUUCUCUCGUUGGCAUUGUGUGUCAGAACCCCCUUCUGAGACAGCCACGCUCUGACCGGUUCAGCCUUGAAUCCAGCCUCAAACAUCCAGCCCAAAGAACUCAGCGGCCUUUCUCAGUACACACAGCCGCUGUGUACACCAGAGUGCGGCAGAGACCAGUGUCAGCCACUAACCAAGAGGCCGAGGGAGUUGAGGAAAAGCUGGGAUGCAAACCAGGUCAGGGAGACAGCACUCUUGGCCUGACUGCUGAGGAGAUCAAAGUACUGAGGAGGAUAAAGGAGGAGAAUGAGAGACGAGGAGGUUUCAUCAGAAUCUUUCCUACACCAGAGACCUGGGGGCUUUACGGUGGAUAUAUAGAGUUCAAAACAUCGAUGAAUUCUAUGCUGGCGAGCAGACUUUUCCAUGGAAGGAACAUCAAUGGUGACAUGCAGCUGCAGGCGGACAUGUUUCAUUCCUGUCACGUGUUCCAGUACGAGAGGAAGUUGCUGUCUUUGGAGGCACGUAAGAGGAGACAGUACCACUCAGCUCGGCACUCUGCCGUGGGCAAGAGGAAAUCUGAGAGGGAAUGCAAGGCCUCCCCUACUGAGAGCAGUGGUGAAGAUGUCAAAGAGGAAGAGAAGUGUGUCCAGGAGGAAAGAAAGGAUCAAAGGCAAGCUCAGGACCCUGUCUUACAUAAGGCUCAGAUAGUGGUGCAGAAUGAACCAGCGGUCACCCCACAGGAGUGCAUUCGUAGUGAUGCCCCAGAGACAGCCGUGUGCAGCACCAAUCCCAAAUUCAGCCUGCUCGACAUCCUCCAGCAGGGCUGGGACCUCAGUAAAGUACAGGCCCGGAUGGCCUUUUCCUCCUACCUGCGGCGGGUCCAGCACAGGCUCUUGGCAGAGAGCAGUGCAAACAUCACUCCAGCUUUGCCAGAGAAAGACAACGACCAAAUGGAGCUGGUGAUUCGCUUCCUGAAGAGGGCAGCCAGCAACCUUCAACAAGACAUGAAGAUGGUUCUGCCAAGUUGUCAGCUACCACUCCAAGACCGCAGACGCCUCCUUUCUCACCAGCUAGGGGAGUUCAUCCACUGUUACAACAAGGAGACUGAGUACAUGGUGAAGAAACAGGAGAAUUGCAAAGAGGAGAAGCGUUAUAUCAACCCCAGGGUAUUUCAGGAGUACAUCACUGAAGCAAGUGAAAAUGAUUUGGAGGAAGUUCUGACAUUUUACACACACAGAAACAAAUCAGCCAGUGUCUUCCUAGGGCCAAACAUUAGUAGCAACAAGAAAGAAAUUUGGGAGAAAAAUGCCUCAGCUGAGCUGGUUAAAUGUGAAAACACUAAAAUUCUGCCGGUGGCCAGAGAGAGUUCCAGUGCCUCAGAGUCCUCACUCUCCACAGGCAAAGUUGGCACAGACCCAGACCCUAGAGCCACUGGAGGUCAGCCUUCUGUUCCGACAUUACCUGCAGACCUGCAAGCAGUACUGAGAAGCAGCAAAUCCCAGCCAAAGGUUCAGGCUUCUCAGCACUCGUCCAGCUUCCCCUCCACGUUAGACUUCACCCGUAUCCACCUGCAGCACUGCUGUCCUUCCCCAGAGUCCCUGCCUCUCCACUGUCCGCCACCACCACCUCCUCCACAGCCCCCAUCCUAUGCACAGUCCACAGCCAAGACUAAGCUUCAACACCCACCUCAAGCUCAAGCAAACACCUCCACCUCCGUGGUGCCCCAGCCCCCGAGUGUGGGCUGGAUGCCUUUUUCCCCAGGCCCGAGCACUGCCCCACAGCCACCCAAGGUGCUGAGGAGGAUUCAGUCAUUCACCUCUACCUCCUCCCGUUCCAACGCUGCAGCAGCCUCGUCCAUGCCAAGUGCUGCGCACAUCUACAGCCAGAGGCUCUGUAGGCCCACCUCUGCAAACCAAGUGAUCAGGAGGAGCAGCUAUGGUAAGCCAAGGUUAGACUCGGUGGGAGUCUUCAAGGAAUUGAACUGUCUGUCUGCCCAGGCCCAGUUCAACCAGCAGGCCAUCGUCUCAGCCCUACAGAAACUGGCUGACAAGCAGGCUGCCCGCCACUACACAAGCUCCAGUCAUAUCAACUUGCUGACACAACAUCUGACCGACCUGAACCUGGCAAAUGGGAUGCCGAACAGAAGGGGCUUCCCCGUCAACCCUAAAGAGCGCCACACUACUGCUUUAUCUCAGGGGCCAAUGAGGGCUGUCCACUCUGACAGGGGUCUUACCAGCAACACUGGCCACAAGCUAUUGAAGGAUGAGGAGGGUCUGUGGGAUGAGGAAAUGCAGAGUACCUACGGCCAGGUGACAGGGGUGAGCCCUCAGCCACACUACCAGCCCACCCAAGGCAGCUACCAACUCCAGUUUGCCAUCCAGCAGCUACAGCAGCAAAGGCUCCAGUCCAGACAACUCCUGGACCAGAGUCGCUGCCGACUCCAGGCCCUGUUGCCAAACCAGACAAAUGAUCCACGGUCCCAAGCUUCAACUGCCUCAUCCAGCUGCCCUCCAGCGAGUCACCCUGUCUGUCCCAGUUACAAUCACAGCCACAUCCAAUCCGGAGUUGGGCCCAUUUUCACUCCAAAGCCACCCUGCAGUUCCCGGGAGGGCCUGGUCAGGAAGACAGCAACUCAGCGCCUCAAUAAGCAGACAUCCUCAGAGAGCCUUGCUCAUUCAACCCCAUCCAGUGGCCAGCAUGUGGUCUUCGAGGCCGUCCAGGGGAAAACAGGUCUGUCUGUGUACAGCAAGCUGCUCCAGGGCCAGGCACCCAAACAUAGAUGACAUCACAGGGACAAGAACCACAUGCCACCGCUCUGCUGGCCCAACAAAUGUCUUUGCAUAGUACCUGGAAUGUUAAAAAAACGGUCAAUUCAGACUGCUUCCUGUCUGGGAAUAAUCCAUCCAUCCAUCCAUUAUCCAAACCACUUAUCCUGAACAGGGUCACGGGAUGCAGGAGCCUAACCCAGCAGUCAUCGGGUGGGGAGACACCCUGGACAGGUCACCAGUCCAUCACAGGGCCGACACAUUCACUCCUAGGGGCAAUUUAGUACGGCCGAUUCACCUGACCCACAGGUCUUUAGGAGGAAACCGGAGCACCCGGAGGAAACCCAGGCAGACAUGGAGAGAACAUGCAAACUCCACACAGAGGACAACCCCCAAGGUUAGACUACCGCGGGGCUCGAACUCAGGACCUUCUUGCUG